AUGACCAUCACCAUCCCCGAGGAGUAUGCCGAGCUCAUGAAGCCGAAUGGCCAUGGCAACUACCUGUACAUCCCCCAGCGGUUUAGUGAGCUCCACCCCGGUGCGGUCGGCUUUUUCGACAAGUAUGGACUCUGGAACACCAUUACCGAUCUAUCAGUUCCCGGUCGUCCCGAGAAAGAUGGCUACAAGGCUCCUAGCCAAGCGGUCUAUUAUGAUAAACCCUCUGAGAGCGUUUGGAAAACCACCACUUCGAGCAAAGAGGCCGAGGCCAGCUUUGGACUUACGGGAGGUCUCUCGGGUGCUCUUACUGCUGCCCCGGUCGAUGUAUCCGCCGAAGCGAAGAACAAAUGGGGAAAGACUGGUAAAGCAGCUCUCAUCACGGAUGACUCUGUUGUGGUGAACGAGUUCCUCAAGGCUCCAUGCAGAGACGUGAUUACGGACUGGGUCAAGCAAAACGCACAAACUCUGGUGAAAGGACCAUGGGGUAGCUAUAUCAAGGAUUAUGGCCUAUGGGCGAUCAAGAAGACCUGGUCGACUCAAGAGUGUGCCAUUACCAUGACGAGCGCCCAUAAUCGUGAUACCAGCGCCGGAAUUGAUGUUGGAGCCACUGGUAUUGGAAAGGUCGGAACCAGUGGGUCUUCGACUUCUAAGAGCAACAAUGAGGGUUGGACGACAUAUAAAGCUUCCGAGGAGGACAAGGCGCUUGUUGUCUCGUACGGUGGAGCUAGCUUCAGGCUUCAUCGGUUCAAGAUGUUCCAUAGCAAGAACCCCCUCACCCAAGUCCAAAGAGAAGCCUCCGACUCAGUCGAGUAUGCCAAGCCCGUUUUCGACGAGAAUGGAAACCAGACUGGUGUAGAGUUCUUCAGACCAGUAUGCGAUGAAAACGGAAAUGUGGUCGGAGAGCAGAAGAUUGACAGGGAGGUCGAGCAGAAGGCGAGAGAGGAGGAGCAGAAGAAACUAGAGGAGGAGAACGCUGAGUUUGAAGAGGAAGUUGUCGUUGAAGGCGAUGAGGUUGUGGGAGAGGACGAAAGUGAAGCUGAAGCGGAGAGAGAAGCAGCUCGCGCACUGGCAGAGAGGCGCAAGAAAUUCUCUCAGAAGGUCAUGACGAUCCAUAACAACCCUGAGUUGAGUGAGGAACAGAAGAGGCAGGCGUUUGCCGCACUGUUAGCUGCCGACGUGACUGUGACCACUACGACAAUCCCGGCGUGA